UUAGGAGGAUUUUAUUCCGACAAAGUUGGGUACGUUGCGACAAGUUGUAAAAAAUGUCCUAAUGGUUCCUUUGUUUCGCUCGAGAAGGCGCCAGGCAAAAGAGCUGAAGACUGCAAGGCUUGUCCUCAAGGUAAUUCAAUUAUCAUAUUACAAUUAGCGAUAACCAAAGGUUACGGUGUGGGGGCGACAACGAUCGAAGGUCCAUAGCUGUGCUCUGCGUAAGUUUCAAGUGAGAGAUAGUCAAAACACGCGUGAUCAGAUUACGAGUGAUAGACGGUCCAAACGCGCGGGAUCAAAUCGGGUUCUGUCCAUUCCAUUCAUACGAGUCCAAACGAAUGCUACAUACAUGCAACGCAUGCGUAAUAACAACCUGUAGAUUAGGAUUGCGGGCUCCUCUUGUCGCCCGCAAUAAAAUCACGAGGUGCUUUGAAUAUAUUUUAAUGCCUUUUGACCUUGCUUCUACACUAAUACGAUCGCAAGUUAUAAGAAAACGCUAUCUAAUUUGUAAAUGACAGACUUUGCAAAGCAAAGCCUGUUAUUAGUGUGGAUGGCGGGAUCAUGCGGAGACUUUUAAAAUAGUCGUUGACCAGGCGAAAGGAAGUAGGGAAAAUCGUGAGUCUGUUUUACAAAUUGUCUUAAUACUCUCGAAUCUUAUUUCACAUCUGAUCAGGAACAAACACAGACGACUUUGCUGGAUAUCGCGCUUGCAAAUGUUUGCAUGGAUUCCACCGCACCCAUAUGUUGGAAAAGUGUCACAAGUGUGACUUGCACGGGGGACUCGAGUGCAAAGAUGAUUAUGCCAGUUUAAAACCUGGUUACUGGUGGGAAUGGCAAAGUGAAAUAUAUAAGAAUCGGUACAGGAACUUUUCGCACUAUCUCUCAACGUCUUUGCCAGCUUCAGAUACUUUCUCCACUAAGUACCCCUAUCCAAUGCCUACACCACAUAAAUGCCCAAAGCAAGAAUCGUGCAAAGGUGGUUUAGAAUCUCCGUGUGAGGUUGGAUAUGAAGGUCCAUUAUGUGGAGUAUGCAGUAUGGGAUACUACAUGGAAUUACAUACAUGUGAAAGAUGCUCAUCAAAGACGUGGUUAUUAGGACAGUUUUUAAUCAUUGCAGUCGUUUUGGUAGCAAUUUUAACUGUGUCGUUCUGGACGAGCAAAUCGAACCGAAAGAAGGCCAAGGGGCUUGCCGUUAUUGACAAACUUUUAUCCAAACUUAAGAUCAUUAUAGGAUUUUAUCAAGUGACCUAUGGUCUUUUGGAAGCGUUCUCCUUUAUAGAAUGGCCAGAUUCCCUGCAAGCUAUUGCCAAAUAUUCUGAAAUACUGCAGUUGAAUAUCCUUCAAGUUGCGCCUAUACAUUGUCUUUUUCAUGGUCUACAAGUUGACGCAUUUGCCAAUUUAAUUGCAAUUAUGACAAUAAAUGCCUUAGUUAUCUGUUUCUGCGGUGUUGGCUACGGGCUGCGCAAGGCAGUCAUCGCAAGAAAGCAAAUCCUAAGCGAACAAGAGAAGGCCGACGCAAUUUCCGAGACGAAGCAGUUCGCUUACAGGAAUCUAUUUUUCUUUUUGUACGUAACGUACCUAAGCACUUGUGUUAAGACAGCCAGCGUGUUUCCACUUGCCUGCCAGAAGAUUUGCUUGAACGAAAAAGAAGAGCAAUGUUCCAAUUACUUAAAAACAGAUUACAGUGUGAAAUGCCAUGAGCCGCGGUACAACCAUUUGGUUAUUGUAGCGUACAUUGCUACUGUCUACGUGCUUUGUCUCCCUACCUUUUCAUUCAUCGCCCUUUGGAGACUGAAAACGAUCAUAUUUGCCACCAGAGACAGUAAAACAACCCUGGAUUCAAGAAGACCAAAGAACGAAAUCGUAACAGGACUCAGUUUUCUUUUUGAAAACUACAAACCUCGAAAUUGGUAUUGGGAAAUUGUUGAAAUGUCUCGCAAAGUUAUUAUUACGUCGGUCAUGAUUGUCGUUGGAAAACAGACUAGAUCCUACAUUGGCUUAGCUUGGAUAGUCGCUGGCAUGUAUGGAGUUCUAUUUGCAUGGACGAGUCCCAUUCAAGACUCUACAGAAAACAUACUUAUGGUGACGUCCCUUGCUGUUACUUGUCUCAACCUGGGUAUUGGAGCUGUGAGUAGAAUACCAGCAGAGAACAUUUCAGCCUCGGUAGAUUCGCAUAUGGAUACCGUUUUAUUCAAGAUCCUUGUAGUGGGAGCAAAUACCUUGGUAAUCGGCCUUGUUGGUGGUGAGUUCAAACAAUUUUUUUCAAUAGAAUCUCUGAAAAAAUCUUUUGAAGAACUGUCAAAAUUUUUUAACGCAUCCUCAAUCGCUUUUUGAGCUAUGUUUCUUUUUGAAUCAUUGUAUUUUGAAAAAUCGCUGACAAAGAAAGUUUCUUGAUUACCAGGUAAUAUCCAAGAUAUUAGAUUUCAUCAUUUUUCAUGCUCUCUACGUAGAGAGUGCAAAUUUAAUUACUGUAAAAUCACACACUUGACAAUUCAAAGUUGCUACAAUCAGAAGUAUCUUUUUUUCUUUUAUUUUUUUAAGUUCAAUAUGCCGUACACGUGUUUCAGUACCUUAAAACGUGGAUCAGAGAUCCCCGUCUGUCCAUUUCUUGUUGCCUGGCAAUGCUUCUUCCUCUUUCUGAUCUGGGUGGAGAAAUGCACCUGGACCAUUUGACUGAAACGAGCGUUCCAUGUGAUGAGCUGCAUGACGAAGAUGUAGAUCUGCAGGAAGUUCUCAGCACAGCAAAAAAUAAUGGUAAUGCUGAGGUGCGUUUUCAAGGACUGGAAAACAGUGUGUUGAUUGAGAAUUGCCAUUGUCACGAGGUCGACUUCAAGGAACCCAAAUGCCAUCAAGAGACACAAACAGAGAUCUACAUAUUUUCUGCCACUAAGAUUUUGACGCGGGAAGCAAUAGAUAAAUAA